GCGCCUAAGAGAGAUCGAUGAAAGAUGUCGUCUGCAAAUGUCAAAGAAACAUAAACAUACUGUCUGUUGUUUAUUUUCUAAUGCAGUUGGUCAGACACCUGUCAGGUCCAUGGAACAGCUUAUCUCAGUUGGUCAGGUAGAUUCUAGUGAUAGACUUGGUACAGCAUUGCAUCAUUCUGCUUAUGUUGGAAACAAAAGAACAUUGAAGAAGGUUCUGCAACAAGGUAUUCAUGUUGAUUAUCCCAAUGAUGAAGGCCAGACACCUUUAUUCUGUGCGUGCCUGGGUGGAAAUGAAUCUGUUGUGGAGUAUCUUCUGUCUGCAGGAGCUGAUCCAAAUGAAAAGACUAACCAAGGACAAACACCACUUCAUUCUGCAUGCUAUUCAGGAAGUAUUAAAAUUUUGCUGAAGUUGCUCAAAGAAGGUGGAGAUAUGAGAUUGCAUGAUUAUCAUGGAAGAAGUGUAAAAGAUUGGGCAAUGCUGAAUCCCAUACCAAAGAAAAGGAUGAAAAUAUUAGAAUUCCUUGAUAAAACUAGGAUGUUUGCUAUGUCUGGGUCUGGUCAAGAUCUACUUUUGAAGAAAGCAUCAUUCAAGACUUUGCAUAGAGCUCACCAUAGAAGAAAUUCAGUUACAAAAAUCAUACGUGACAGAAUUGGCCGACCGUCAGUGCAUGCUGAUCUUGAAAGAAUGGCAACUAGUCGACAUUCAGUAGGAUUUGGACAUGUUUAUUCCAAUGGUUCAGACAAGACUGGAUUUAUGUCAGCUAUACCUCUUGUAAGUGAGAACAAUUUGAAACAUGAUCCAGCUGGAGAGACAUAUAAUAAUGGUGCAUUCUGUGUUAUGGAAAGUGCGUGGUGGGAUUACAGUCAAGUAACAGUCAAGACACUACAUAGAGACGUAGAUCCUUACCAGGGUGGAGUUGUUGAUCUCCUCAUUAAUGAAGUAGAGCAUAUUGGAAAAUUAAGGCACCCCAAUAUUUUGACGUUAAUGGGCGUUUGUCAAACUAGCAACUUGGAUGGAAUGAUACUUAUAUAUGAAAGGAUAGUAGGGGGAUCUUUGUACAACUAUCUCCAUCAAAAGAUGAUGAGGUUGCACACACAGAUGAUAGAUGAUAUAGCUCUGCAGAUAUGUAAUGCAAUAAUUUUCAUCCAUCUUCAAGGACUUGUCCACUGUUCCAUAACAUCACAUGCAAUAAGUGUCAUAAACUCACAUACUUUCAAACUUGGAAGCUUUGAAUACAUGAUAGAAGCGUCAAAGUGUGAUUGGGGAAAAAAGAGUGCUGUAGCUUCCAACACAGAAGAGAAUGCGGUAUACAACUGGAUGGCGCCUGAAAUCAUGUUUAACAUGCCACCUUCUUUCUACUGUGAUAUGUUUAGUUUCUGUGCUGUUCUUUGGGAAAUAUUCCAUGGUGAGGUUCCUUGGGACAGUCAGUGCUCAGAAAGUAUAAAGGACCAUUACAGUAAAGGCGAAGGUUUGAAGAUAGCCAAUGGUAAGGUACCAGAGUAUUACAGAAUUAUACUAGAUUAUGGCUUGCGACUAGACCCAACUCAUAGACAACUUUCAUUCCUUCAUGUGAGAGACUUGCUCCAAGCUGCUCCCAAGGAUGCUAAAAAUUUUGUAAGAGCUCAUUUUCAACAUCUCCAUCCCCAUGAUGAUGAGGGUGGCAGUCAGUCAAGAUCUGGUUCAAGGCUAGAUUCUGCCAAAAAACCACAUCCUCCACAAGCUGAUAACCAGCCAGGCACCAGUAGAAAUGUAGACAAUGAUAUAGAAGAUAGACAAAGAAGAAGAGAUAGGGAUAGAAAGAGGCAUGAUAUAGACAACAAGGAAUUUAAUACUGAAAUGGACACUGGUUAUAAGAUUGGAACUUCACCUGAGAUGAAGAUGAAAAAACGAGUAGAAGGAGUAAACAGCAGGAGAAAUAACAGAUUAGUAGAACAAUAUCCUACUAAAGUCAGAAGGGAAGAAAAAAGUAGCUUUGAGAAUGAUUAUGGAACGAACGCCAAAGUACAAGGCAGACAGCUACACUAUACUGCAGAUGGGUUAAGUUGGGAUAGUCUGUCAAAAGAUACAGGAGAAGAGUUUCGCUAUUUUGUUGGGUUAAGUAGAGAAGAAUCGUCAGUCAAAAGUUCUGAUCCUCAAGGACAUUCUGAACAUGGAAACAAGAAGUCUGAUAACACUAGAAAACAAUUAUGUUACCCUGUAUACGAAGACAACACAGACACAAAAGCAACUGGUGAUGAUAAAAGUAAGGAACGUGAAAAAAUAGAGAGUGAAUCCUCAUCAGAGUAUGCGGUUGGGAGGGAACUGGAAAGAAAGACAUCGUCGAUGGGAAACUUCAGCUAUCUUGCAUUAGGAGCACAUCAGAGAACAAAAAGUACUGGUGCUAAACCAGCUUGCCACGGAACGUAUGAAGCAGUAUCUGAAGAAUAUACAACUUCCGGAAAGCUUACUACAGCUGGAAGUUUAUAUUCUCUGUACAAUGAACACAGUCCUAACCAUCCUUUAGGACAGAUAGAGAAGAGGAGAGGCAAUAUUAAAUAUGUCACAUUGCCCAGAAGGAAACAGCCAUCUGCUCCAUUAUUUGAACCAGAUCCAAGCUGGUUCGGCGGUAGAGGAAGUGUGAGGAACCUUGCUCAACAAUUUCAGGAACAAAUACAAGAGCAUAAUUAUUACCAAGCUGUAUUGGACGGAACAGUGAACAGAGAACUUUCAUCAGAGAAAAUUUGUGAAGCAGCAGACUAUGGUAAUCAUGCUAAGGUCAAUGGAGUCACAACAAAACCAACCCACACGACACCGGGGAGUAUGGAAAGUGUGUCAACAGAUAUAACAGCCACUGAUAAUGAAACUAGCAACAUUCACCAGAUAGCUUUUGAUGUCGACGACGAGACUGAUAGCGCAAAAAGUACAAAAAGCAGUAGUAGUUUUACAACGGGUGCAAGUACAGAUUCGCAAGCGGUAUCGAACUGGGUUGAUCAUGAACUGAGAAAAAUUAAGAGGAAAAUAUCAGAAGAGAUUAUGUCGAAACAUAGCUUAGCUUCAGUACAUUCACCAGACUUGUUUGACGAAUGUGACAACCACGGGCAGGCGCAGUCUGGACCUUUGCUUCAAAAAGACUCUGGUGAUGGAAUCGGAUGCUUUAGUAGUAGCGACUGUUCCGAAGUUACGCCAAUAACCUCGGAAACAAGUGUUACCUUUUCUGAACAGGAAUCGGGUGAUCAUGUAAAAUGUGGCCAAGUGGAAGAAUUUUAUUAUGACGAUGAGCUUUAUCAAACUUCUAGACCUGUUGCGCAUACGACAAACAAAAGUUCUCCAUGGAGUUCUUACCAACAAAAAGCAGUACACGCAUCCCCGACACAUCUUUCGUCCCGACACUGUACUCAGGAGGACAGAAAAGGACUAAAUAAACUUCCAGCAUCGCGAAGUGUAAAGUCAAACCUUCCUAUGAGAAGUGUAAUGAAAGAAACAGGAUCACCAAGUAAAAAGGGUAAACCGGUAAUUUCCUCAAGAGCGGACGAAAACAAGAAGAGAAUGAGUAGGAUACCAACUUCCCGCUCCAAACUUACAUCUUUUAAGUCGAAUAGCAGUGAGGGAGCUUUUGCAAACAUUAUGACUGUGCGGUCAAGUCUACAGGAAGUAGGAAAACACCAGGUUACACACAAAGUUAAAAACCUGAAGACUGGUGGAUCAAACACUAUGUUGAACAGACUUGUAAAUGGGCAGAAGAUAACUACAACUUUCAAAGCGUUAGCAUAGUUACGAAAAUAGUUCAAUUUUAAACGCCUAAAGUAGUAAUUUUAAUGUCCUUGUGAUUGCAUCAAUGCAUAUUGUUUUCUAACUUAAAGUUGUUUUACUUCUUAAUCUGCCUUAAACAUUUUCAUUGAUAGUAUCAAAUCAAGAGCAUGUGACAUACUACUGUGUGUCAAAGGAACAGUAUGAAAGAAAUGUUUCUUGCAUACCAGACGGGGAUUUCCGGUAUCUUUACCGGUGCUGGAAAAAUCCAUCUUACA